ACUUGGCGAUAUUUCAUCCACACACACAUUACCAAAAGACGCACUACAGAACCAUUCCAUUAGAACACAACCUGAAAAGUUGCAAAAGAUGUCAUUAGCUUCGCCGAUUCAAUGCAUCAGAAUUAUAAAUCCAUCAUCUUCUUCUUCAUCUUCUUUGACGACUUGGUCGUCUUUGAGAUUCUCAACGAGUAAGCCAUGUGUAUUCAUCAUCAGAUGUUCUCAGGCGGAAGGACCCUUGAGAAGGCCCUCUGCUCCUCCUACUCUCCGGGAGCCUACACCUCCCCAAAAACCUGUUACUCCUACGCCGUCUUCUUCCCCUCCACCACCGCAGAAAGCUGUGGCUGUUGACGGUAAGAGCGUAGUAACAACCGUGGAGUUUCAGAGGCAGAAAGCUAAAGAGCUUCAGGAUUACUUUAAGCAGAAGAAGCUUGAAGCUGCUGGUCAAGGCCCCUUUUUUGGUUUCCAACCCAAAAACGAGAUCUCCAAUGGAAGGUGGGCUAUGUUUGGUUUUGCGGUGGGGAUGCUGACAGAGUAUGCAACAGGAUCAGACCUUGUCGACCAAGUUAAAAUCCUUCUCUCCAAUUUCGGCAUUCUAGACUUGGAAUAAUAAUAAUAAUAAUAAUAAUAAUAAUAAAAAAGAGUGUUGUUGGUGUAUAUGAUCCUUUCUCUGAUUCCUUAUGUUCAAUCUUCUUCUCCUUGUUUAUUCUUCCUCCUGUAUAUGCAUCCCCUAAAGAUCUUUAAUACAGAGGGCCCUUUUGUUGUUCAACCACUUUUAUCUUUCAAAUGUUAUAAUAAGUAUGAUCUAUGGA